AUGAUGGGCUCGCAGACCCCACCCCCAGAGCUUGUACAGACCCUUAUCUUCUUGGACCUGGAGGCCACUGGACUGCCCUUCUCCCAGCCCAAGAUCACAGAGCUGUGCCUGCUUGCUGUCCACAGAUGUGCCCUGGAGAGCCCUUCCACUUCCCAGAGUCCAGUGCCCCCCCCACCCCGAGUGGUGGACAAGCUCUCCCUAUGUGUGGCCCCGGGAAAGGCCUGUAGCCCCACAGCCAGCAAGAUCACAGGCUUGAGCACAGCCGUGCUGCAAGCGCAUGGGCGUCAGCCCUUCGACGACAGCCUGGCCAGCCUGCUCCUGGCUUUCCUGCGGCGCCAGCCAGCGCCCUGGUGCCUCGUGGCACACAAUGGUGACGGCUAUGACUUUCCCCUGCUGCAGGCAGAGCUGGCCAUGCUGGGCUGUGCCAGCAUCCUGGACAGAGCCUUCUGUGUGGACAGUAUGGCUGCCCUCAAGGCCCUAGAACAAGCUGAGAGCCCCUCGGCGCACAGCCCCAGGAAGAGCUACAGCCUGGGCAACAUCUACACACGCCUGUACGGGCAGGAGCCACCAGACUCCCACACAGCUGAGGGUGACGUCCUGGCCCUGCUCAGUAUCUGCCAGUGGAGGCCCCAGGCUCUGCUCCGCUGGGUGGAUGCUCACGCCAGACCCUUCAGCACUGUCAAGCCCAUGUAUGAGGCCACUGCUUCGAGGACCAGCCCGCGGCCAUCUGCUAGAACAACCAUGACACGCCUACAUGCCGCCAAGAACACCAGUGCCAGCCCCAGCAGGAGUAAGAAGUCCACAGCUCUUCCUACACCCAAGGACCCUGGAGACCUGCCCAGAGGUGAGCUGCUGGCCUCCCUGGGCCUGCUGGCUUUCUUGACCUUGGCAGUAGCCACACUGUAUGAACUGUUCCUGGCCCCACAGGGGCAGUAGGCCAAGGGAGACAAAAUAAAGAGCCCCUUACCAUGGCAA